AUGCACUCGUGUCGACCCGAGUCCUUGAAGAUUGACAUCUCCAAGUAUAGGGGAGUCGAAGAGGACUCCCUCUUGAGAUGGUUCGUCGAAUUGGAUGACGCCAUAAGGGCGCGUCGCAUCGACGACGGGGAUAUGCAAGUUGCAUUUGCCCAGUCAAAUCUGGCAGGACGUGCCAUGACUUGGGCACUGGGGCUCAAGUUGCACGACCCAUAUGCGUUUGGGUCGUUGGAAGUCUUCAAGUCGCGGCUCAGACAAACGUAUGAACCUCCUAGAGCUGAGUUCAGAGCUCGAACUGAACUCUUGAAGCUCAAACAAGGUAAGCGUGAUGUGCACGCUUACGCCCAACACAUACGACAUCUCACGAGUUGUAUACGUUCCGACCCGGUGGAUGAACACACGUUGGUUUCGGUGUUCAUGCAGAGUCUUGCGGAUGUUCCCGUCAAGAAUCACCUGUUCCGACUUGAACUAGAUUCACUAGAACAAGCCAUUUCCAUUGCGGAACAGGAAGACUUCAGUCUGAGACAGGCUCGCGCCAGCUCGACAUCAUAUCGUCAGCCGAGACGAUAUGACAACGGAGGUUCAGAGCCGAUGGAACUCUGUUAUGUAGAGAGCGAGAAGGCUCGCUCUACAGGCUACAAGAAGUUGCAGAGAUGCAACAGAUGUCAGAAGACAGGACACUACGCUUACGAGUGUAGUGCCCCUCGUCCAGUGUCUCGCAACACUGGGCGUAGUGACCGUCCACCCAUGAGAAAGGGGCAGGGACGCGGGUCCGCUGUUGGUGCAAAGACGCAACAACGGGAUGGACCGUCAAAAAACGGACAGGAUCAGUAG